UCGCCUUUGUUCGUAGGGCGGGAGUGCCCGUUCGAUUCGCGACGCCUUCAGUUCGUGCCACAAACAUCUCUUCGUUACUCUUCUCAAUAACUGCUUAGAGAUUGCGCCAUUUUACAACCAAGUCUCAAGAGGACUCCAACAACUGAAGGUUCUAACGGAUGAUUAUUUAGUAGUGAGAAGCAAUUUGAAUAAUAGAAUUCCAUCCCGGUUGCAAUCAUUAGAAAUUGUAUCAAGUUUAAGUCAGAUCAAAUGCUUUGUUAAAUUUUAUUGAAGGUUGAAAGUGUUUUUGUUGUGGAUUUGAAGUAUUUGUGAUCAAGGUUUUGAAAGUGCUCGUGUUUAUAAGCUGGUGAAAGUGCACGUUUUUAUAAUUUACUUCUAGCGAAAGUUGUUACCUGUUGUAAUGCAUCUUUCUUUUGUGUCUAAUUCCACCAAAAAACAAUCUUUUCCUUCAAAUAGCGAAUUUCGGUUGAAUAAUAUAUGUAUUCUCAUUUUUGUCUAUUGUUUGGAAUCUGAAGUGCCUACGUCUAAAAUCUUGUGAACACCGAUGAGUAUAAAUUUCUUCAAACGCGAUAUUGAAGUUGUGUCCAAACUUGAAAUUGUUUCUUCCAUUAUUGAGAUUUUUGUCUUAAGAAAAAAAGAAUAAAGUGUUUCUCACAGAAGAAAAUAAUUAUAGAUUUUUUUUAUAUUCUAAAAUUUUUGUCUGAUGUGAAAAUAAAUAAACUGAAUAUAUCUUUUUCAGACAUCCGUAAAUUGAAUUUAAAUUCUGAAUAAUACUUUGAAUGUGGCAGUUGGAUCCAAAUAAAGGUAUAAGUUUUAAUGUUGAAAAUGAAUUUUGUGCCGAAGUUUUCUUAAUUAGCAAAAAUUAAAAUUCCAUGAUAUCAACAAGGUUUCAUAUCAGUACAUAAAUUGCAUCUUCCAUUCUUAACAUCUGUGAAAAAAAUAGAGAAAAUUUAGAGUAGAUGUUUGAAAUGACAUUGAACUAGAAAGUAGGAAAAUGUUGCACUUACUGAAAGACUCUUCUACUUUAUUGUGCCUUACUUCUUGCUUAAAUGAAUUCUUUGUUCAAUUUUGAAACUACCCCAUCGUAAGCUCUUUCAAACGUCACGUACUACCUGCAAACAGAGCAACGACCUUCCGUCAACUGUGCACGAAACGUCAUCUUUACUGGUUAUUUCUGUCUCUAAUGGUAACAUAUCUAUCAAAAACAUGAGAGACAAAUUUCUCAAACAAGUACCAAUUGUUCAAGAUCUUUCACUAGAAUGCUAAUCAAACUCCGGUUGUUAAGAUGAAAAAUUCUUUAUUGUUUUUCUAUUGAUGAACCGAUGUCAGCGGAUAAAUUAUUGUGGAUUUGCAAACAAAAAAUGGAGAUAUACUCCGGAAAAUAUUUUGUUUGAGUGAUUAGAACAAAAGGAAGAAUGGACUGGUACGUCUGGAUAUUGCUGGGGGCUGUCUUUUUUCUCUUCUUACCGGAUAACUCAAAGCAAGAGGCAGGAGGCAAUCUGCUUCUGGCCCAAGUUAAAGAACUUCCAUCUGGUAUCUUGAUUGCAGAAUAUGAUUGGCUGAUUCGGGAUGUCGUUCUUCUGUUGCAAACCACUCAUUCCCCUCAGGGACAUACCUAUGAUGGUCCUGACUUCUUAACAUCUCGUCCGGGAUAUAAAUUACGCCUGCGACUAAGUACUGGCUACACCAAUCCUACAGAUGGUCUCAACUAUUUCGGUCUGUGGUUCUCAGUGGUGCCCGGUCCUUACGAUGAAGCCCUUCAAUGGCCAUUUCCCUAUGCCGUCAACCUGACCAUCGUCUCAAGAAAGGAAGGAUUCCAAUCGGUGCAUGCGGCAUUUGAAAGGUGCCGCACGAGGCCAGGACUCUUGGAAGGAGAAGGAUGUGGAACACCUUUUCUGGUACCUCACGAACACGUUCUCAACGGUCCUUUCCUAUUGAAUGGAGAUAUGCUUGCCAGGGCCACUGUGUUCCUAGAAGAGAAGAAUCUCAUUCCUAAGAGGACACGCAUAUUCAUGAGGGCAAACCGGCUAGUGUCGGAGUUUCUUUGGCAGGUAGAUGAUCUCCCUUCUCCCGGUUUACCAGUCAUCAGCCCACCUUUCCAGUUAGACAACGAAGGCUAUUUACUGCAGCUACAAUUAACAUUUUCAUCAGAAGGCGUGGGGCUGUUUGCUGCCAUUCUCCCUUCAGCUCAUGAUUCUUUACUUGCGUGGCCUUUUGCUUUACCCUUUGAACUUGCCCUCUUAGACAGAAGGGGGACAGUGGAUCCUACUGCAGGCGGGACAUGCCCUCAAGCAGCCUUUCGCAAGCCUCAUGCUCAUCGUACCAACCCUCCCUGUGGCUUUAGAAGAAUGGGAACACUGAAAGCUCUGCAAGCGCGGACUCUGAAUGGCACUGGGGUAGUGGCUCGAUUCACAGCAGUUCUGGACCAAGUACCACAAGUAGCCAGUUUAGCCCUCAGAGAUCAAUACUUGGUUGCUGAAUACACUUGGAGAGUGCCCCACAUUGAAAGGAAGCUUCAAUUGGCAAAAGCCGGUCGCCUUAACAAUUUGUUGAGCGAGCGCUUCUUCUCCUCGCAGCAAGGUUAUCUCAUGCAGCUGCAAAUUAAGUUUCAGAACCACAGUAUGGGUCUUUACCUUACUCUUCUGGAGGGAGCGAACGAUCCGUCUCUGCAGUGGCCUUUUGACAAACGCUUCUCCCUUCUUGUCCUCGACCAGCAAGAAGCAGGAGCCGAACACGUUGGAGUGUCCGUUGACCCAACAGAUCCUCAAGUAGGUCAGGAAGCAUGCCCGGGAUCAUUCUGGCGACCCUUUGGUAGGAAUGAUGCAUGUGGCUCUGCGCAUGUACUCACCUACGAUCAGCUAUAUGAUAAGAAGUUUAUUCGUUACGGAGCUAUACUUUUGAAAGUAGUCAUUUACCUCAACGAAGUGCGCCCUCCACGUUUUGCCUCAUUGACAUUCCAAGAAAACCACCUGUCGGCCCGAUUCGAAUGGUUUGUACCUGAUCUUCUAGAUAAAAUCAGUCGGGCUAGAGAAGGCCGAUUAGGCUUCCUAGACAGUGAAAAAUUCUAUCUCUCCAACAAUGGAUACCGAAUGAUGCUCCGCCUCUACCCAGAAAAGGCAUCCGGAUUCGUAGGGCUAUAUGCUGUGCUGACAAAGGGAGCAUAUGACGCCGAAUUGCGUUGGCCCUUCCCUCACGCUUAUUCCUUGGAAGUUAUAAUGGAAGGACGACCCCCACUUCGAAGAACCACUCAUCCAGGCUCUGGAUGUCCGGACAUUGCUUUCCAGAGACCGGACAGAGAAUUAUCUGAAUGGAGUUGUGGGGAAGGGCAUAUGAUAGCUCAUGAGACAUUGCUGGGAGUGCCUGAGGAAAAAUGGCACCGCCCUCUUGCUGAACCAGAAGAAAAAACUUCACCAGUCUCUAAUCCCAAUAAUCUGGAACCUCAUUCUUUCAUGGAAAAAUCGAUUGAGACGAAUCUUGACGAAAUUCCAAAUGUCCAGUCUAGCUCAACUGUAAGGAAAGAACAGAAACCUGUUGGAAUUCGUUUCGCUAUCACAGUCUUCCUCCAAGAAAUAUUGCCUCCAAUAGCUUCUGUGAGACUUGAAAACGGUGUCCUGGUGGCAAAGUAUUCUUGGAUUCUCCAAGAUGCUGCCGCGAACAUUGGACUUCUCCAAUCCCGUGAAAAGAACAGAUUGGAGAGUUCAGUGUUUUAUUCUGAGAAUCAAGGUUACGCUAUGCGCUUAGCAAUGUCUCUUUCGAGACGAAAUAUUUUAUCUAAAGAUGAACAGGUUGUAGGGUUGUUUUGGACUCUUCAGGCUGGGCAGCAUGAUUAUGCAUUGCAGUGGCCUUUUUCUUCGGUUGUUACUCUUAGUGUCAUUGGUGGAGUUACUUCUUUACAGAGGGUGAUUAUUCCUGGAAGCAGCAAGUGUCCUAUGGAAGCAUUCGAUCGACCCCAGUCGCCUAAUAAUGAACACUCAUGUGGAUUUGCAUCUCUUCUUACCUUGUCCGAACUCUAUUCUAAUUACAUUCAUAAUGAUGUGCUUCAUAUCAAAGUCACCAUUACACUGAGCUGAAAAUGAAUAUCAAUUGAAUCAGCAGACAAGCUUUUCAGUACAACUAUCUUGAUUCCUUUUUAUAAGAUUAAUUAUCUUGUUUUGCAUUAUAUUUGAAUUCAUAAUGUAUUCCAUAUUCUCUAAAUCUCAUCUAUGGAUAGUGAAAAUGGAAGUAUUAAUCUUAUAAGCAGAAAAAGCUACAUCCAAAUGUAAAUGAAGAUUAAAUAUGCAGGCAUUUAAUCUUACUUCCGUGAAACGUUCAGUUUUGAAUGCACAAUUAUUCAUUUCAUUGAUCAUUAAUUGCAACAAAUCAGACAAUCUGCAGUACAGUUUUUAACGUGGUGCUAGAAAGUAUGCUUAACUAUGUGCAUUCUUUAUCUCUCUCUUUUUUCAUAAUAGCUUCAGUUUUUCAGCACGAUUUAUCAAAAACGGUAUCUGGGCAGAUAAAAUAAUCGUUCCGCUUUCACUGUGAUGGCCAGUGCUAACAUCAGCAUCUUUAUUCUUACUCAAUACAUUUUAUACACUCCGCACAUUUUUUUGUAUUCACAAAAAACUUUAUGAUGUUCAAAAAUAAAGAUAUUAUUCAAUA